AUGGUCCUGGGAUGUCCCUUACCGGUGAGGCCUUCCACGAGCCAUCCUGCUCACCACACACAGCAAGACAUACCGUGCAGGUACAUACCAGGAGCUGGAAGAUCACAUGUGAGCCCAGGGUAUUCUGCCAUCAGCUGAGGCUGUGGAGACAGACUUAUCCCGCUUGAACCCAGCGAGGAUCCAAGAGUUUGUACCUUGCGCAGCUCAUACCACCUCGUCCUCCAGAGCAGUGACCUAAUUGAAGGAUUGGAAAAUGUACCCCAGAACUCACUGUUCCUGCAUCAACAGUGACUCUCUCCCUCUCUCCUCUAUCCACCACUAAACUGUCACAAAAUGUAUGCUUUUCUUAUUGUCUUUAUUAACUCAGUAUUGUUGCAUUAAUUUAGUUACUUUUCCACACAUCACAGACGGUCCCCACCUUUUAUUUAAAUUAUUGAUUACUACUUUUAUUUAUGAGGUAACCUAGAUCUCAGGCUGACUACUAAGACCAGAUUACACAGGUUAUCAAGCUGGUUCACUACCCAAUCCAAUACAGAGCCACACGUAAUUACUCACCCUCUCUCCCUCACCUUCCCCUCCACCCAGGGGCGUACCUAGAGCAUUUGGCACCCGGGGCGGAUCCUGUGCUUGGCACCCCCCCCAACCCUCCCAAAAAAAACCUGUAAAAAAUGUUAAAGGUUUUAUUUCUUUUAUUUUUACAAUUUGUAAACUUUGCAAAACCGCUGUCAGCCCCUCCUACAAAACCCUUGUCCUGCCCUGCCCCAUCUACAAAACCUCUGUCCUGCCCCUUCUACAAAUCCUGUACUGCCCCAUCUACAAAACCCCCGCAACCCCCUUCCACAAAUCCCCUGCUUAUCCCCCCUUAUAAAGACUCCUGUCCCAAUACAAAACCCCCACCCCCUUCUACAAAAUCCCUGCAGCCCCACACACACAUUUACAGGCAGACAGUCACACACUCAGUUACAGACACAGUCACACACUCAGUUACAGACACAGUCACACACUCAGUUACAGACACAGUCACACACUCAGUUACAGACAGACAGUCACACACUCAGUUACAGGCAGACAGUCACACACAGUCACAGGCAGACAGUCACACAUACACAUUUCCUCCGUGCGGCCAGUUUAUCAGCUGUUUGCUUGAAUGAGCUGUACUGGCCGCACGGCACCCUAACUACCAUGGGACACUGUGCGGCCACAGCUCACACAGCCCCCUCCAGCCAGGGCCGGUACAAGGAUUUUUGCCGCCAAAGGCAAAAGUAAAGUUUGCCGUCCCCCAUGUGACAUCACAAUGUCCCAGCCAUAUGAUUUGCCAUGUUAACUAACGCCAGUGCUGCAGUGCCGCCGUGUUUACAUUAAAAGGCCUGCAGGGACAGGCUAUAGACACCAGAACCACUACAUUAAGCUGAAGUGGUUCUGGGGACUAUAGUGUUUCUUUAAUGUGAGGUAAAUUAGAGCUUAGCCACAGAAUAAUAUACUAGAUUUGCCUACCUGGCCAGAUGAGGAUGAUGAUGGGCUCUAGCUGAAGUCUGGCUCCACUGGUCUGGUGCAGAACAGGCUCUCUGGAGGCGGUUUGUAACUGUGGUCACAAAAAUCAAUGUUCUGGGAGAGCGGGAAGCAGCUCCAUUUUUUGGGGGGUCCUUUACACAGCUCAAGGUCUGGGUCCCAGGGUCCACCUUCAUGUUCCACCAAUGAGUUUGUUCACAGGGGGGUGGAGUGUGUAGGGGAUGUCCUGAUAUGUGUGUAAGGAAUGCAUUGUGUGAAAUUGUGUUUGUAUGUGUAAGGACUGCAAGGUGUGUUUCUGUGUAUGUAUGGGAUGCAUUGAAUGUGUGUAAGGGGUGCAUUGAGUGUGUGUAAUGAAUGCAUUGUGUGUUUCUGUGUGUGUAAGGGAUGCAUUGUGUGUAGCGGUUGCAUUGCUUGUGUAUGUGUGUCUGUGUGUUUUUCUGUGUGCAAGGGGUGCAUUGUGUGUAUGUGAUGAAUGUCAAUCUCUCCUCCCGCUCCAAUUUCCUUCUCCUCCUCCCAAUUUCUCUCUCACCCCUGCUCCUAUUUUCUCUCACCCCCCCUCCUUUCUCUCUCACCCACCCUCCUUUCUUUCUCACCCACCCCCCUUAUUUCUCUCUCACCCCCCCUUAUUUCUCUUUCUCACCCCCCCUUAUUUCUCUUUCUCACCCCCAUAUUUCCUCUCACCCCUUAUUUCUCUCUCACCCCCAUUUCUCUUUCUCACCCCCUUAUUUCUCUCUCACUUGUUCUCUCUCACCCCCCUUGUCUCUCUUUCUCACCCCUUAUUUCUUUUUCUCACCCCUCUCCCACCCCCUUGUUCUCUUUCUCACCCCUCUCUCCUCCUGUUUCUCUUCUCACCCCCCCUUCUCUCCCCCCUCCCCUGCCUCCCUGCUUGGCGUGGCGAGCCUGUAUAGUCCUUGAGGUACAGGGGAGCUUUUGUUCUGUACCCGGCCGGACUAACAGGAAGUGCACACUCGUGCACUUCCUGUUAGUCCGGCCGGGUACAGGAGACAGCUGCUCUCUGUACCCGUUGAGCGCUCCCUCCUGUCAGCCUCUCCUCAGGCUGCGCCCGGGCAGUGCGGUCCGCCCUCAUGGACGCACCGCCCGGGCAAAGCUGCAGCCGCCUGAGGCUCUUCACAGAGCGCUCGGGCGGCUGCAGCAUGGGGGGGGGGCGGCGGGGCUGGCCAUGGCACCCCCCACCCGGCUGGCACCCGGGGCGGACCGCCCCCCCCGCCCCCCCCUUAGUACGCCACUGCCUCCACCAUGUGGAUAAACAGCUACAUAAUCAUACAAUACUCUUACACAGGGGGCAAUACACCUACUCUUCACAGGAACCUUAGUUUUACGUUGUUCGACAUGACCUUAUGGGAACAUUUAUUUAGUUCCACUAUAUAGUAUUUCCUUUUGUUCUCUCACAAUAUAAACAAAAACAAAAAACUCACUCCACACUGCUUAGCAAAGGCCCAGUUAGGGCAUCAUCUUAUCUUUCUAUUAUUGUGGAUUUUUAUUUACGACGCUCGCUGGACACUGUAGUGCCUACUUGUCUGUGUUGUACUCCCACGUGGAGUGAGAAAAAUAAAAAUAAAGUAUUUAAAUCUAAUUUAACUCCUUAAGGACUGAGCCAAAUGUACACAUUUUGAUCAAAAUAAAACUUAAACAAAACUUGGAAUUUGGCUAUAAGUCUCUUCAACCGUAAUUCACCUCUUUGAUAUUAAGUGCAUCCACACUUAUUAUAUAUCAUUUUAUUCAGGAGAAACAGGGCUUUCAUUUAACAUCAAAUAUUGAGCUAUGAAACAUAAUUUAAUAUGAAUAAAAUAUAAAAAAUGUGAGAAAUUAAGAAAAACAUUUUUUUUAGUUCUACGUGACAUUCUAACUGUGAAUGUCAUAAUACUGUUUGCUUUUACUGCAAUAAAUUACACAUAUUUGUAUUCAGUAAUGUCUCAUGUGUAAAACUGUACCCCCUAUGUACAGGUUUUAUAGUGUUUUGGGAAGUUACAGGGUCAAAUAUAGCAUGUUAAAUAUUAUAGCUCAGGAAUGAGAAUUACCCCCAUGAUGGCAUACCAUUUGCAAAAGGUUAUUGCAAAUGGGGUAUGUCCAGUCUUUUUUAGUAGCCACUUACUCACAAACACUGGUCAAAGUUGGCGUUAAUAUUUGUUUGUGUGUGAAAAAUGCAAAAAACUAAUUCGAAUGCCAAUUUUGGCCAGUGUUUGUGAGCCGUUUAGAGCCGGGUCCCCAAUGAAGGGGUUAACAUACAUAAUAUAUAUAUAUAUAUAUAUAUAUAUAUAUAUAUAUAUAUAUAUAUAUAUAUAUAUGUUAUAUAUGUUGUGUAAGUUAUGACUUUAUCAAGGUAUUAUGGACUCAUCUUGUAGCCAGCUGACCAUGCAUGAACAUUCAAAUCUAUACCUCAUAAAUGGUGUUGCCUAGCAACAAACCAAACAUACAGAACAAGUGGAAUUAUGAUGUAAAAUGAUCUGGGGUUCAUUAUCUGUUAUAUCCAGUGCUGAGUAAGCAGUGAUUAACAGUUAUUCCAGUGAUAACCACAUUGGAUCAAUUUGAAAGACAAGCAGUAUUUAAAAUGGAGGAAAACUCCAAAAUAUCUGAACCUGGGGAGCAACAAAACGACCUGCUGUAGGUUUAUUUUAUAUAUAUUUAUUACUAAUGCAAUCCGUUUAUUAGAAAGUAUAUCCCUUGGUAUCUAUUUGUAUGGCAGUCCAGCUAUAUAUAAUUUAACAGAUUAAGAUUACUGGGUGAUAUAUUUUAAAGUUGUUCAUCAUUUCAAUGUUCAAUAAAUAACUUGCGGCCCUGGACAUUAUAACCUCGACCUUAGUGGAUACAAGAGCUAUAAUCAUUAUUUUAAUGUUAAUUUCACUAAUUGAAAUUAUUUUUUUACACUUGGUAAUGAAAAGGAUUCAAUGUAGAUGUCCAUUAUGUUUACAGAUUAUCCAAUUUUUAAAAUAAACAGUGUACGAGGUCUAUUCUGUAGGCCCCAAACAGCUACUGAAUGGUAUUUGGUUAUAAAUAUUUGUUGUUUUUUUAACUGAAAUAUAGCUAAUCAUUAUUUGCAUUGGUAACUGGUUGCCAUUUGCUCAGCUGUUAAUUUAGCAGAACCUCUAUCUAAAUGUGCUUUUCAAACUAAUCAUAAAUUUAGUUCAGAUCAAAUUCCCUGAUGGGAACCCUGUAACCCUAAAUUAACCAAAAACAGUACUCCUACCCAGAAGGGGUGGCUCUGAAAACACUUCCUGCUGAAUUUUAUGAUUUGUAAAUAACUGUAAUUACUUUUUUAUAAAAUAUAUCAACAUAACUGAUAUGUUUGUUUAUUAUUUAUCUUUCAAACUAUUAGACAUUUUAUAAUUUUUUAUUUAUUUAUGCAUAGAAAUUGGUACAUAAUGCUUAGUAAGGUAUGAAACGUAGCAUUGUUACAGUACAAACCACGAAUAAUCCAAAACUUUGCACAUAUUUCACAAAUACCAGUAAAUGUAGACAUUUUAUUUUAAUUACACUUUUAUACCAAAGAAGGAGCUGUGCAAUACAUUAUGGAGAAGAUAUAGCACAUGCACAUAUGCAUUUCUGUGCACUAUGUUGUAUAAAUUAUGUUUGUAUUAAGGUAUUAUGAGCUCAUCAAAACCUCUCAAUGCUUGUAGCCAGCUGAUCAUGCAUGAACAUUGCACUCUACUUCACAGCUGGCAUUGCCUAGCAACACACCAAACAAAAAGUUGCAAAGUGGGAUUAUGAUGUAAAUUUAUGAUGUAUCUGGGGUUCAUUAUCUGUUACAUCCAGGGCUGAGUAAGCAGUGAUUAACAGUUAUUCCAGUGAUAACCACAUUGGAUCAAUUUGAAAGACAAUUAGCAUAUAAAAUGGAGGGGAAUACUGAAAUAGCUGAACCUGAGGAACAACAAAAUGGCUUGCUGUAGGUUUAUAUUAAAAUGGUUUACUUAUAUAAUGUAGUAAUAUUGUUAGAAAGUAAGUUCCCUGAUAACUAGAUACAAUUAAUUUAAAGGACAGCCAGUAACAAAAUGAUAGUUAAUGAAUGUGUGCUUGCUCACACGUGCAUUCAAUUCUAUUGGUUAAAGGGACACUAUGGUCACUAGAACAACUACAGCUUAUUGAAUUUGUUCUGGUGAGUAGAAUCAUUACCUUCAGGCCUUUUGCUGUAAACACUGUCUUUUCAGAGAAAAUGCAGUGUUUACAUUACAGCCUAGUGCUAACUUCACUGGCCACUCCUCAGAUGGCUGUUAGAUAUCCUUCCUGGGUCAUGGCUGCCUAAAAUGCAUCCAGACAUUCAGUGUCUCCUCCCUCUGUAUGCAGACACUGAACUUUCCUCAUAGAGAUUCAUUGAUUCAAUUCAUCUCUAUGAGGAGAUGCUGAUUGGCCAGGGCUGUGUUUGAAUUGUGCUGGCUCUGCCCCUGAUCUGCCUCUUUGUCAGUCUCAGCCAAUCCAAUGAGGAAGCAUUGUGAUUGGAUCAGGCUACCACUUCUGCUGAUGUCAGCAGGCAGUGGUCAGGUCUAAAGGAAACAGUGACAAAGUAAGCAGCUUCAGGCUUGAACUCAAGUAAGAUUUUACUAUAUUUAGGGAGGCAUGAGGGACCAGGUGGGCUAGAUGGUGGUUUUAACCCUAUAGGGUCAUUUAUAUAUGUUUGUGUUCCUGACCCUAUAGUGCUCCUUUAAUAUUACUGGGUGGUUAUAACAUAGCCACUUGCUGGUCACUAUCAGAGCUAUGUUUAGUAUAUUAAUGCUAAUUUCACUAACUGAAAAACUACUCUGCAUUCAGUUACACCUCGAGUUUGGUGGAAUUUGAUUGGCAUAGCAUACAAUGGAUUGUAGUUAAUCAUUUGGGUUUUACCGCACAUAUUACUAAUCUCAACACAGCUGAGGUGUAAUAGUCACUACGUCAUAUCCCUUAUUUCUCUAAAACAAUUGCCAACUUUGAUAAAUGCUUUUAACCCCUUAAAACCGCAACCAGUGGCGUACACACAACCCAUGGGGCCCCGGUGCAAAAACUGAUCCGUGGGCCCCCUCUGCCCCGCGCUUACUCUGCGCAGGGUGCCAGGUCCCUCUAGUUUUAACCCUGCAGCUGAAAACAUAGCAGUUUCAUAGAAACUGCUAUGUUUCACUGAGGGUUAAUCUAGCCUCUAGUGGCUGUCUCACAUCCGCUAGAGGAGCUUCCACGAUUCUCACUGUGAAAAUUACAGUGAGUAGACGCUGGUUGUCCAUAGGAAAGCAUUGAGUAAUGCUUUCCUAUGGGCGGUUUGAAUGCGCGCGCGGCUCUUGCCACGCAUGCACAUUCGGAGCUGAGAGGCGGAUCGGAGCGGAGAGAUCCCCAGCGCCAAGGGAGUCCAGCGCCAGAGAAAGGUAAGCGCUUAAGACACACACACACUCACUCUCACGAACAGACACACACAUUUACUGACAGACACACACUCAGUGACAUACAUACACACUCACUGACAGACAGACACACACACUCACUCACUUACAAAACACACACUCACUAACAGACACACACAAACUAACACACUCAGUAACAGACACACACAGUAACACACUCACUGACACACUCUAACACUAACACACACACACACUAACACACACACUCUAACACUAACACACACACACACUCUAACACUAACACACACUAACACACACACACUCUAACACACACACACUAACACACACUAACACACACACACUUACGUUUAAAAAAAAAAAAUUAAUCCCCCCAGCCUCCUUACCUUAGGGAGUGCUGAGGGGAUUCCGUGGGGUCCAGGGGUAUCACCGGGUGGGCAGGCUGGCUGGCGCGCGAGGGAGCACUCUCCCUGACUGAGUGCUUCUUCUUCAGCUCCCUCGAGUGCCACGUACUGAUGCCGGAGCCGGAAUAUGACGUCAUCUUCCGGCUCCGGUAUCAGUGCGGUGCGCGAGGGAGCUGAAGAGGAAAUAUAUAUAUGAUCUAAGUAUGUAUUAUUUAUUUUUACACUGUUUUAACUUAUUUUACUUCAUUUUCAGACAGCAAGGGAAGUACCUGUCAUUACAGGCACUCCCACUGCUGGCAAUGACUUGGACGGCUAUGCCGUCCAUGUGAUCGCGAGGUCCUCGCAAGGACCUCGCGAUCACAUGGCCCAGAGGGGCCGAAGAGGAUGGAGGGGGACUCCCUGGGCUCCCAGGUAAGUCCCCAUACCGCGAUCGCUGGCGUGGGAUCGGCGGUGACCGGGUAAGUACAUAAAAUCACUGGGUGUUCUAUGCCGCCCUGCGGCGUUUAGAGACAUCAAAAUAGGGAUGGCAUAGAACGCCCUGCGGUCUUAAGGGGUUAAUUACGCUAAAAGAUAUGAAUGUGAAAGGACCACUAUAAAAUAUGAAUAGCAGCAAAUUUGCAAUCAGACCCCUUUUUGGCACUGAGAGGAUAGUGAAAUUAACAGACAAAUCUAAUUAAACUGCACAAAUAAAAUAUGUUGCAGAAAUUGAAAUAAUAUGCUUUAAGAACAUAUUAUCCCAUUAUUAAUCUGAUUAAAAUGUCAAACAACUUAGAUGGUUUAAGAUUGGGACUGUACUUAGCAUUGGGUUACAAUUAACCUCUUUCCUGUUUUUCCCUCAGUAAAUUGGAGGAACAUGAAGUCCUGUACUCUGAAACUAACGAAUAUGAAGUGCUAGAAUUCUUGGGCAGUGGCACCUUUGGGCAGGUUGUAAAAUGUGUAAAUAAAGGAACCAGUGAGAAAGUGGCCAUCAAAAUGUUAAAGAACCACAGAUAUGUCACUGAAGAUGCAGAAGCUGAGAUAAACAUCCUGACCCAGCUGAACAAGGAAUGCCCAGACAAAUUCAAUGUCAUCAAAGCCUACGAGUUUUUCCUGUACAACAAUAUCAUCUGCCUUGUGUUUGAGAUGCUACAUAUGAGUCUCUUUGACUAUAUGGAAUCAUUUGGUGGCUCGUUUCCUGUGAAAAUGAUCCGCCCUAUCGUGGCGCAGGUGGCCUUUGCAUUGACAAAGCUCAAAAGUCUAGGAAUCAUUCAUACAGACUUGAAGCCAGACAACAUCAUGCUGGUAGACAAUUUCAUGCACCCAUUGAAAGUCAAGGUGAUAGACUUUGGGUGUGCAUUCCAUGUGUCCAAGGCUCGAUGUUCGAGUUAUAUACAAGCAAGAUUUUAUAGGUAAGAGACAUUCAUUAAGUAUAAUUUACAUUUCAAUGGAGCUUGUCAGUGCACGCAUAUCUUCUACUUUUAUAAAAUGAGUUUAAAGAAUAUGGUAAUCAGAUUGGGUUCAUUUUUCUGUCUAUUAAAUAUUUGGUGACAUUAGUGAACCAGUUUAUGGCUUCUGGAGGAGUUUAUCAACCAAGUAUCUCUACACAUACACAAGUGCUCUUACAGUGGGCAUAUUUUAUACACAGUUUCCCCAAGUGACAUGACCAAGCCUUCUUAUAUUUCCCUUUUUGGUAACUUGCAGGUCUCCAGAAAUUAUAUUGGGAUAUCCAUUCUGUGAGGCUAUUGACAUGUGGUCUUUGGGAUGCAUCACGGCGGAGCUGUUCAUAGGAUGUACUUUAUAUCCCGGAGCAUCUGAAUAUGAUCAGGUGAGUGUAAAUCUAACUGUUAUUUAUGUCUAAUUGUAAAUUACGGCCUCAGUCAAGAAUCCAGAAUUAAUUCAGAUAGAAAGGUAUCAUGUAGCUGUUUUAUUUGAUUGUGCAGACAGGAGUCAAAGUGCAAUGUAAAAUGACAUAAAUAAUUUAAUUUAUAAUUAAAGAAGUUUAUUCACUAAACAAGGAAUUCAAGUGAAUUAAAGAUACAAAACUGCACAAUGUAAGCAAAAGUGCAGAUUUGGAAGAGCUCUCCAACGGAAGAAUUCUGCAACCCAACUGCGGACACACCUGUCAACCUGUAUUUUGGAUUAUAGUUAUAUAUUAAACUCCCGAUUUAAAACGUAACAAUAUUUGUGUUUUACAGCUGGAAACAAUUUGCAAAAUUAUUAUCCUUAUGGCAAAGAAAAGGUUAAAGUUUUAGAUAAAACAAAAAAAUCUCCAGCAUUACAAAGUGAUGUCAGACAGGUUUUGUUUUGUUUGUAUAGUUAAUCCCUUCAGGACGGAGUCAAUAGUACACGUUCUGCUCAAAACAAAACAUAAACAAAAACUGGAAUUUGCGCUAUAUGUCUGUUCAACCAUAAUUCGCUGCUGUCACAUUAAAUGCACCCACACUUAUUAUAUAUAAUUUUGUUCAGGAGAAACAGGGCUUUAAUUUAUCAUUAACUAUUCAUAUAUGGAACAUGAUUUAUUAUGAAUAAAAAUUUUAAAAAAUUAGAGAAAAUAAGAUUUUUUUUUUAAAUUUGUAUUUCCGUCUGACAUUUUAGCUGUGAAUGUCAUAAUACUGUUAGGUUUUACUGCAAAACAAUGCACAUAUUUGUGAUCAGCGAUAAAGUUACAGGGUCAAAUAUAGAACGUUCCAUUUUCAUAUUGAAAUUUGCCAGAUUAGUAAUGUUACCUCUGAGACGGUGUGGUAGCCCAGGAUUGAGAAUUACCCCCAUAAUGGCAUACCAUUUGAAAAAGUGGACAACCCAAGGAAUUGAAAGUGGGGUAUGUUUAGUCUUUUUUUAGUAGCCACUAAGUCACAAACACUGGCCAAAGUUAGUGUUCAUAUUUGUUUUUGUGUGAAAAAAGCAAAAAACUAAUAUUUGGCUAGUGUUUGUGACUAAGUGGCUACUAAGAAAGACUGGACAUACCCCACUUGCAAUAACUUGGGUUGUCUACUUUUGCAAAUGGUAUGCCAUCAUGGGGUAAUUCUCAUUCCUGGGCUACCAUACGCUCUCAAAGGCAACAUAACCAAUCUGGCAAAUUUCAAUGUAAAAAAAAUGAAAUGCAAGCCUUAUAUGUGACUCUCUAACUUUCCAAAACACCAUAAAACCUGUACAUGGGGGGUACUGUUAUUCUCAGGAGACUUCACUAAACACAAAUAUUAGUGUUUUUUCAAACAGUAAAACAUAUUACAACAAUAAUAUAGUCCAUAAAAGUGCCGUUCGUUUGUAAAAAAUUCAAAAAAAUUAAAUUUUACUUAAAAUAUCUUCGUUGUAAUACAAUUUAUCAUUUUGAAACACUAAUAUUUGAGUUCAGCAAAGUAUCCCGAGUAAAACAGUCCCCCCUAUGUACAGGUUUUAUGGUGUCUUGGAGAGUUAAAGGGUCAAAUAUAGUGCUUGCGAAUUAAAUUCUCUGCACUUUCUCCCUGUGUUGUCAUGCAUGUCAAUCAAAUUUUAAUUAAUCAAAUCACAUAAUUAUGUUAAAAGAUUACUUAAAUAUACACGUAGAAUUUUAAUAUAUAUGCAUUUAUAGGUAUGUAUAGGCAUUUGUAGGUAUUUAAAUUCUACGUGUAUACUAAUGUAAUUUUUUAUGUAAUUAUAGGUAUUUAUCUAUAAAUAUAUAUAUUUGCGUUUUUUUGUAUUUUUUUGUAUUUUAUAUAUAGAUAUAUAUAGAAUGUCAUUCUAAGUGUAUUUUGUUACCAAUAUAUAUAUAUUAAUAACAAAAUAGAGUUAGAAUGAAAUUACAUAUGAAUAUAUAAUUUAUAUUAAAUUUUGUUUCAAUAUGUUAUUUAUUUUAUUAUUUUAUUUAUUUAUUAUUGUAAUUAUACGUAUGUAUAUAUAUAUAUAUAUAUAUAUAUAUAUAUAUAAUAUAUGUGUAUAUAUCUAUUAUAUAUAUAAUAUAUAUACAUAUUAUAUAUAUAGUCAAAAAUGGGUCGCAAGAGAAUACUGAGGACGGAUCUGGACUGCCCGUAUGGGUGGGACCAGUCUGAUAUGCUUCAGAUAUGUUCUCUCUGUAAUGGCACAAGUUGAGCUAAAACCAGCUUGAGUUCUGGGCGGGGACCCACCGAAGGGCAGGCUAUUUUAGCUGCUGUCCGUCCUCAGAAUACUCUUGCGACCCAUUUCUUGCUCUCCAUUAGUUUAAAGGGUAAUCCAGACGUGGACCCCUUGCUCACGGUGCCUAGAGAGAUAUCAGCUAUGCCUAACUGUCGAUGCCUAACAAGGCUGAAACGAUCGUCUGGGGUUGCUGUAUCUCUCGUGCAGAGAGAACUUGCUGGCAUUUCGGAUCUGGACUGCCUGUAUGUGUGGGACCAGUCUGAUAUGCUUCAGAUAUGUUCUCUCUGUAAUGGCACAAGUUGAGCUAAAACCAGCUUGAGUUCUGAGCGGGGACCCACCGAAGGGCAGGCUAUUUUAGCUGCUGUCCGUCCUCAGAAUACUCUUGCGACCCAUUUUUUGCUCUCCAUUAGUCUAAAGGGUAAUCCAGACGUGGACCCCUUGCUCACGGUGCCUAGAGAGAUAUCAGCUAUGCCUCACUGACGAUGCCUAACAAGGCUGAAGCGAUCGUCUGGGGUUGCUGUAUCUCUCGUGCAGAGAGAACUUGCUGGCAUUUCGGAUCUGGACUGCCCGUAUGGGUGGGACCAGUCUGAUAUGCUUCAGAUAUAUUCUCUCUGUAAUGGCACAAGUUGAGCUAAAACCAGCUUGAGUUCUGAGCGGGGACCCACCGAAGGGCAGGCUAUUUUAGCUGCUGUCCGUCCUCAGAAUACUCUUGCGACCCUUUUCUUGCUCUCCAUUAGUUUAAAGGGUAAUCCAGACGUGGACCCCUUGCUCACGGUGCCUAGAGAGAUAUCAGCUAUGCCUCACUGACGAUGCCUAACAAGGAUGAAACGAUCGUCUGGGGUUGCUGUAUCUCUCGUGCAGAGAGAGCUUGUUGGCAUUUCGGAUCUGGACUGCCUGUAUGGGUGGGACCAGUCUGAUAUGCUUCAGAUAUGUUCUCUCUGUAAUGGCACAAGUUGAGCUAAAACCAGCUUGAGUUCUGAGCGGGGACCCACCGAAGGGCAGGCUAUUUUAGCUGCUGUCCGUCCUCAGAAUACUCUUGCGACCCAUUUCUUGCUCCUCAUAUUAUAUAUAUGUAACGUCAUUCUAAGUGUAUUUUAAUACUAAUAUAUGUACUUAUAUUAAUAUUAAAAUACACUUUGUAUGAUGUUACAUAUAUAUAAUAUAUAUAUAUUAUAUAUAUAAUAAAUAUACAUCUAUUAUAUAUAUAUAAAUACAUUUAAUUAAUUUUACACAUGUUUAUUUAUUUAGUUUUUUCAUUUCCCACCAGCAGGGGGACUGUCUGAUAUUUCAGACAGUCCCCCUGCUGGCAGAUCCACAGCCAGCUAUUUUUGAGAGCGAUCACAUGGCCCCUGGGGGCCUCAUUUGCCGAGGGAGGGCUGCCUGGGCUGUCAGGCAGCCCUCCAGAAGAUUAUCGUGGCGGAGGUAAGUCCACCGGACCCCCAGGGGCUAUGCCGCCGCAGUGGCUUUAAAGCCCUUUUAAUGCAGGAUGGCAUAGAGCGCCGUAACGGCGUUAAGGGGUUAAACCCUUUAUAUAUUUACUAUACAAUGGAGGUUAAUUUACCUAAUUUCUCAUGUAUUACUAAAGAAAAUGUUAGUUAUUGAUAAGUUAUGAGAAUCCAGUUAAUCAGACUGAGUAGAAGCUGGUGAUUAUGGGUAUGUUACGGUUUUGAUGCCGGUAUAUGAAGCUCUUGCUUCCUCCCUGCAGAUCCGCUACAUCACCGAAACCCAGGGUUUACCCAAUGAAAACAUGCUCAACAGGGGAACAAAGACCCAUCUUUUCUUUAGAAGAAAAAUGCAUUACCAGCAAGUAUUAUGGAGAUUAAAGGUAAGGGCUUAACUGUAUUUCUAUAAAAUAAAAUUCAGGACAAGGGUUAAACAAAUCCAGUAAUAUGUCCCAGCACAUACUCUACCAUGAAGUGGUUGAAGCAACAUUCCAGGAUUUCUAUAUCAUUUAUUUUUUUAAACCAAAUAAAAGUUUACACACCGACUUGCAGUAAUUCAGUAAUUUGGAAGUUUAGACGAGAUAAAGCUUAAUUAACUGUUCCCCAGUGAAGAGUUAACUACCAUUUCCCCUUUUCUCAGCCGGCUUUGCAGACAAAAUGUAUUUAAAAAUAAACUUUCACAACAACAUAGUAAUAAAAAUAUACCGAACUGUUUUGACUCUGUGAAAGCUACUGGAUAAGUUAAUGGCAGAACAUGUUUCAUGGUUCAGUACAUUAUCAGAAAACUCAUUGGGAUGCUGGAGAAUUCUACAAUGAAGGUUUUUUCCUUUUUAGAAACUAAUUGAGAAUCUUGUUUUCCCUUUCCUCUAGUCUAAAGACCACUACGAAUGGGAGACUGGUAUUAAACCAUUAGAAAGAAGGAUAAAUAUCUUCAGUUGUCUUGAUGACUUUGCAAAGGUACUGUAUUCCCAUUUACCUAAAAUAGUAGGUUACACAGCAUCUUCCCAUCACACAUGUGAUAUUUUUUACAAUAUUUUGGAUAGACAACAAAAAUACUUGAAAACUGCUUGGUUGGUCAAGCACAGAUGAGGUAGUGGAGCAAUCACUUUGUUCCUAAUGUUAGGUAUGAGGAGCAACAGUAUGUAUGUGCAUGGUUCAUACGGGAGCCCAAAAAACAGUGUGCACCUUAAGAUAAAUACAUGUUUAAACUUUUACCAUCUCUGCUUAUAUGUACUUUAGUUUUGUUUCAAUUUAAUGUAAUUACCCUUUUUCUUUUGAAUAUGUAUUAUUAACAUUUACCUGUUUGGUUCCAAUAGCUCAUAAAAACAUAACAUAAGAACCCCUUUCUUGUUUUGUAACACCUCUAUCUUGUCUUGAGUUUCCAAUUUUGUUACAGGAGUCUAAUGCUCUCAUUAGGCAUUUUUUAACCCAAAAUUGAAAGAAGCAAGGUGAAUUGUUAGUAUGGGCCCUUCCUCAGAGGUUUACCUUGAUGUGGUAGAUGAGCUUACACUCAAGUGGCCACUGGAGUGAUAAUAAAAACUUCCAGUUAUUUAAAUGUGCAUAGGAAUUCGGGAAAUGGCGCAAGUAACUAUUUUCUUUGGCUUUUAUGGCUACAUCAGUCUACAAACCAAAACAAUGUUGCCAUCGACAUGAUGGUAAUUUCCCGAGCACUAUAGAAGUUAGGAGUUGGAGCUCUAAGAAGCAACCACUGGAAAAAAGUUUUAUUUUAGGUAUUAUGAUUAUAAACUUUACUAAAAAAAAUCAUCUUCUUAUUUAUUUUCUUUCUCUUUAGCUACAUGUACAGUAUGAGCCAGAGAUCAGUGGCAUUAUGGUGGAGAUGGGAGACAUGUGGCAGUGUCUUGAUCUCAUAAAGGAAAUGCUUGCUCUAGAACCAGAGAAGAGGAUAACUCCCAUAGAGCUUCUCAGCCAUCCAUUCAUCACAAUGGCUCAUCUCACGCACUUCUCACAGAGUCCAUAGUACGCAAUUUUUUUCGUUCAUUGGAAAGGUUGCUUGGAAAUGAAAGUUGGUAUUAAUGUAGGAGUAGAAUGAUUAAUUAUUUUCAUAAAUAGUAUAGAAAGCUUUUUGCUCCCUCUCGUGAGCUAUGAUACUUCAAAAGUGAGAGAAUAAAAACCUGAUAUGGACCAGGAAUGGACUAGAGGUGGCCUAAUUUUCUAUGGUCAAAAGACCUAUUAUCAAUGGUGGCAUUCUAGGUCUGGAAAAAAAAACAACCUAAAAAUAAUAAAUACAAUAUAUAUAUAUAUAUAUAUAUAUAUAUAUUUAAACUAUAUCUAUCAUGUUUUUUCUACUUACAUUGGAGGCACCAAGACAACCAUUAGCACUUGGAGUGUGCUUUCAAAGAAUAUUGAGAAAUUAUGGUUUAGUUUAUAGCAACUCAAAUUAUGUACUCAUCUGUCCUUUGGAAGGAAGGUUUUAUUCAGUAAUUCUUCAUUUGUGUAUUCUUCCUGACAUAAUCCCCUGUCUAUUCAAUAGUUUUAUUACUUUUAUGUAUAUUUUUCUUCUCCUUGUCAUUUGUUCCCAUCCUUCAACAACUUUCCUUUUUUUCAUUUCUUUAAAUGUUUUCCACUUCCCUUUUCCUACAUUACAUUUUUCCUUUCCAUAUAAUUACAUCCCACUGUCCUUCUCUCUCUUUUUACAGUGUAGAAUCCUGCCUUGAGGACAUGGAGAUCUGCAAAUGUCAGGUGAGUAUAUAUUACAUUGUGAAUCAUAGUUAAAACAAACAUUUAUAAAAAAAAUUGGUCCCAAAACAAUCUUUCAUUUUAGCAUGACCAUAACUCUGUAACUUUGUGCAUAUCUGUGUAAGUACUAAGGCUUUUUUAUUUUAAUAUGUUUAAUAAGGAGACUCUAGCCAAUGGCUCCCCCAUACCCCUUAUCCAUUAGCAGGUGAAAGAGCAAAGGUCAGUUAGUGCCUCCAUUAUUGUACCCCUUAUAACCCAAACAAACCUGUAAAAACCUGUUAGGUGUACCACAUAGACAGCAAUGUACUUUGGCAGCUUCCCACAAUACUUUUUUAAUUAAAAAAGCAAAAAAAAAAUAUGCCUAUUCAUAAUCAUAACACAAAUACAGACAUUAAGCAGGAAAAGGUAUAAUAUUCAAUUUUACUAAGUAUAUUCUUAGUGUAACUUGUGUUCACAGUAGAGCAGAUUUAUUUUUCAUAUUCCUCUCUAUAUAGAGAUAUCAUUAUAUAAACAAUGUAGGCUGCCCAGGCUGCCCAUCCUUUCUAUCAUUGCUAAUGAAUAGCAUUAUACAUGGGCUCCUGAAAAGGACACUAUAGCCACCCAGACCACUUCAGCUCAUUGAAGUCAUAUCGGUGCAGUCUCCCAGGCCCCUUAUCCUAGCAACUGUAAUGAUUGUAGUUUCUGAUAAACUGCAAUAAUUACCUUGCAGGGUUAACUCCACCUCUAGUGACUGUCUACCAGGCAGCCACUAGAGGGACAUCCAGUUUCUUAGGUGACUUUUGGUCACGUAACUGACGCUGUUGCAUGAGGAAAUCCAGUUUCACCCAAAACCCCAUACUUUAGUCCGCUGACUGAAGUAAGUGGAGGAGAAGCAGCGGAGGAGUGGAGACGGAGCCUUUACCGGCACCCAGGGACAUUGGUGCUGGAAUAAGGUAAUUGACCCCUUCUUCACCACAAAGGGAGCAGAGGGGCAUGAGGGAGGGAGCACUAUAGGGAGUGAUAAGGCCAGGAAAACAACUUUUUUUUUCCUAGCACUACAGUUUCCUUUUAAAUUAAUACAUUCUGACAUUUUGUUUUUCGUUUCAUGAGUAGCUGACUCAAGAUGAAACAAUGAAGGUUGAAGAAACCUGUGAGGAUAGUAUGGAGGAUGUAGUACAUGAUACCCAGGAAAGACCAUCUCAGAGUGAAAAGGAAACAUCCGAUGAGGACAUAAUAAAACACCUGAGUGACUUAAAUGACGGCGACAGAGUUGAGAAUGAGGAAACAAAUCAGAGAAAGAGGGGAUCCCGUCUGAAACGGGCAUUACGAGCUCUGCGCUGCCGUUUCUCCAACACUGACAGCAGCACAGAGAAAGAAGCUGCAGCUUCCAUCCACUCCUCCCGGCCAUCGAAGCGCAGUGCAGGAUUGCUGCAGAAGUGUGUCAGCGGCCUGUCUCAAAUAAAAAGGAGGUGGAAACAAAGAAACAGAACUGUCCAUCCAUUACCAUAA